UGAUUCCAAUAAUGAGAUUUGAUUUGAUUACUUUUGAUUUGUUUUGUUUUGUUUUCUUUUCCAAGUGAUAGUCGAGUGAGAAAACAAUAAUGGGAAAUUUUUGGUCAAAUUGGUUUGAUAAUCAGCCCGAUGACGAUGAACGUUUGGAACAACCAAGAUGGUUUGGACAUUUACCGCAUCCAAAUUCAAUCGAUACGAUUGAACCAACAUUAACAUUAUUCGAUCGAAAUGGUACCAAUAUUGAAAUCAAUCAUAAACAACAAAUGAAUAUGGUUAUCGAUAUCAUUCGUAAAUCCGGUUGUUUUGAUCAAUCAAAUGAUGAUGAUGAUGAUGGUGGUCAACGUUUAGUAAUUAUAACGCAUGGAUUUCGUAGUGAUAAACAUACUGAAUGGUUACAUGAAUGUAAAGAUGCUAUAUUGGAUUUUGAUCAUUCAAACAGUGUACAACAAUGGCAAGUUGUUGGUAUAUUAGGAUGGGGUGGUGGUGCCGAUAUAGGUCUGGUUAAAUAUCAACAAGCAGCAUCGAAUUGUUUUGAAGUUGGAAAAUGGUUGGGUAAUUUUCUACGAAAAUUUCGUCAUGAAUUUCCAAAUGUUUCUACUUAUGGUAUUGGUCAUAGUCUUGGUGCACAUUUACUUGGUAUGGCUGGACGAAUAAAUUCGGGAAAUUUUGAUCGUAUUACCGGGUUAGAUCCAGCUGGUCCUGGAUUUCAAAAUGAAAAUCAUGAUAAACGUUUAAAUAAUAUGGAUGCAUUGAUGGUCGAUGUUAUACAUACGGAUGGUCAAGAUAUACCAUAUUUUGGUACAUUAGUACCAUUAGGAAAAAUUGAUUUCUAUCCAAAUUAUGGUUGGAAUCAACCAUCAACCGAUGAACGAGCGAAUGUAAAACCAAUGAUGGCCAGAAAUCCACGAAAUAAUUCAAAAAAAUUUGUUAAAUCAAAUAGUCCGUAUGGUUAUAAUAUGUCUGAAUCACAUAGUCGAGCGAUUGAAUUUUUUCGAUGGUCAAUUGAAAAUCCGGGAAAAUUUCGAACCUAUUUACAAUUGGAACAGGCACCUGAUGUUGAAAUAGGCGUACAUCGAAUUCGUUCGAUACAACCGAUGAUCGAUGUUGAAGUUGAAAUGGGUUAUCAUUUGGAUACAUUUCUUCAGAUGCAUAUCAAUUCCAGGUGCAGCGCUGUUAACAACAAAAACAACAACCAGAAGAAACUGAAUCCUGAUAAUGAUGAUAAACAAUCCCGAGAAGAAUUAUCAACAUGGAAAACAUCAACAACCAAUAAUCGAAAAUAUUGGGACAACAGACACACAGCGAAGACAUUCAUUUGACAUUCAUUCGCUGAAAUGUAAAGUGAUCGUUCGAUUCAUUAUUCGCGGUUAAAAUUCGAAUUGGUUAAAAAACAAUGGCA